AAAAAAUAAGAUGAGUUGCUAUGCCAUGUAAAGUCACACAACAUUUGACUAUAAAAUGAGAAGGAGGAUCUUGUUUCAGCACCAGCUCCUAGCCAAUCACGACUUCACAGGAAUGGAGUAUAACAUUUGAUCUCAUAAAGAGAGGGUUAGUUCAGUAACGUCACGUCUCCGUUCCAUUGCAAACAUGUCGGCACAGGCUGCUCGCGAGGUCCCACUGAGCACACUUUCACCCAAGUAUCUCCACACCAACUCCACCAGCCACACCUCGGCCUUCAGCGCCAUCGCUGCGCUCAUAGACAAUGCCUACGAUCCAGACGUCAGCGCCAAACAGUUCUGGAUUGAUAAAACUUUGAUUAAAGAUAACCUGUGCCUCACCUUCAUGGAUAAUGGAAAUGGACUGGAUCAUGAAACUAUGCAGAGAAUGCUCAGUUUUGGAUAUAGUGACAAGACAGCAGUUGAAGGACACAAGCCCAUUGGGAGGUACGGAAACGGCUUUAAGUCUGGAUCUAUGCGUCUUGGAAAAGAUGCCAUCGUCUUCUCCAGGUCAAAGAGUGGAAUGUGUAUCGGGAUGCUUUCCCAGACCUACCUGGAAAAGAUUCGGGCCAAACAAAUUCAAAUUCCUAUUGUUUCCUAUUAGAGAGUUUCUCAUCUUACCUUCCGGCAAGCGGAGCACAGAGCCAGUCUUCAGGACAUUCUGCGCUAUUCUCUUUUCCAAACACAGGGGGAACUUCUGGCUGAACUGGAUGCCAUCACAUCUUCCUUCUCUGAGCAGCAAACAGGCACAAGAAUCAUCAUUUGGAAUCUGCGCAGAACGACUACAGAUGAAACAGAGUUUGACUUUGAGACUGAUUCCUAUGACAUCCGAAUUCCCAAUUCAGAAAUUGCGGAGAAGACGGCAUCUUAUAUUCCGGAGACUGCUUACUCUCUACGGGCUUAUUGCAGCAUUCUGUACCUGAAACCUCGGAUGCAGAUGGUGCUGCGUGGGGAAAAGGUCAAAAUGGUGCUAAUUGCUAAAAGCCUGGCCUCUACAAAAAAAGAUUAUUACACGCCCAGUUUCCUGAGAAAACGUGUUCCCAUAACCUUUGGUUUCAACACCAAAUCAAAAGAUCAGUACGGUGUCAUGAUGUAUCACACAAACAGGCUAAUCAAAGCUUAUGAGCGUGUGGGCUGCCAGCUCAGGGCAAAUAAAAUGGGUGUUGGCGUCAUCGGGAUCAUAGAGUGUGACUUCCUGGAACCGAUGCACAACAAACAAAGCUUUGUUAAGUCUGAUGAGUACAGACAAACCAUAAACAUUUUAGGAAAAAAACUUGAAGAUUACUGGAAGGAGACGCAGUACAGGUGGAAACAAAAACACCCAAACAGCUCCGUUCCAGUGGAGGACACCAUGGAGAAACCGGACCAGAAGUGGGUGCAGUGUGAUAACUGCGUGAAGUGGCGAAAAAUCCCAGAUGGGAUUGAUGACAGUGAGGUGAUUGAUAAAUGGUACUGCUACAUGAACCCAGACAAUCAGUUCAGGAGCUGUGAUGUGGAGGAGGAGCCCGAAGGUUAUGAUGAUGAAACAUCAGGAUACACCAAAACCUACAAGCAACAGAGAAAAAGAGCAACACCUUCUCCUCUGGGUACACCAAAACGACCCAGAGAGGAUGUCCCGUCCAGAAUCUCAGGCACAUUGGGAGAAAGGAGCACAUGCACCCCAUCUGUGCCUGCUGAUGUGGAGGAUUCAGACAGCCAAACCAGUGACAUCAUUUCUACUUUGGAGGCCUAUAACACCCCAACGCCAGCAAACCCUGAUGAUGAUGAGGGCAACGCUGACCAGGAGGCGAUGGAAGAAAAAUACUGUACAAUGAAUACUGUAAGCAUUUUGUUGGAUUUUAGCAAUGACACUUUCAUGAUCACCCCUUAGAAAAAAAUAAACACAGCAGAGUUAAGACGUCCCACAGCUUUGGAGAGGAGCUACAGAAAUGUUAGGUUAAGAAACUGUUUUUCUAAACAUGAGUGAGGUAUCUCACCACGGGGCACGCUGCUAUGCGCUUUCCCAGAAACUUGUUAAAAAUUACUUCAAUCUUGACUGUCAGACAAAAGGUGACGCCUACUUUAGAAGCAGGAGCUUCUUCAAUACAUGCUCGCUACCCAAGUGUUCACAUAUUGAUGUAUGGUUAAGAAACCCUCAAAACUUGAUGUAUUGGGUCUACCAAACUCGUCAUUUUUCGACGUGCUGACUCUUCCUAUUAAAUCAGGGCUCCAAAACUUCUGAGCCCGGUACCAGGAUGUGGACCGCACCGGUACCCUAACCCGGCACCGGACCGGUUAAGGUAUUCAUACCGGUCACUUC